UACGUCAAAUUUUGUAAAGAAAAACAACCGUGAUUAAAUGUGCUUUUAAGCGACACAUUUAAAUGUACACUAACUGAACUUGGGGUUAUGAAUGAGGUGUGGAAAAAAUAUGAAUGAGUUUUCAGAUGUAUGAUUGAUAUAAAAAAGUACGUGGGAUAUGAUAUAAAAUAUGCGUUCUACUGACGAGAUGGACCAAUUUAAACUUACUGAACAAAAUGUCUACUGUCACAGGUUUAUGAAUGAGAAACCAACCAGAACAAAAAAGCUGUUAAAAACUUUCAACAUGAUAAUUUAUUGGUAAUCAAAGUCACUGUGUGGUAUACUAUGAUAACAGAAAACAGUUAUUGUCAGUACAUUCAUUAGUGCCGAGAGACCGUUGGGCACAGGUGCCUAAAUGAGAUCUUAUGUAAACUAUCUGAAACAUAAACAAAUACUAAGGUAGCAGUAAUCUGUACCAGGUAGAAACAAGUUGUAAUGGUAAUAAUACGAAAUCUAUUCAUCAGCAUACAGGCUCUUAUUUCUACUUAUACCACAGCCAUUUCACGAUUUUGGCCUUCUAUCAAAUAACGUAUUUUGCGUGAGCUGUUGGCAUUUGGCGCGAACUGAGACACAGUGGCAACAAUCAAGUGACUGAAUUGUGAUACAUACUGUGACGAAUCAUUUCUUGUGUAUGAAAAUGACAUCUUGGUGUUCAACUGAAUGAGCUCAAUAUUACAAAUGUCACUUUCAGGAUAUUUGCCAAUACUCAACAAUCACUGGAGAAAGUUCUAUGUGCAUACAAACAUAAAUCUAUUGGAUUUUUAAACUGGAAUAAAAUUGCCAGAUUUUGGAAUACAUUAAAUUGGUAAAAACAGUUAAACCUAAGAAAUAUUCCAAGAAAAAUUGUAGAAAUCAACAGAAGAUAAAAAAAAUUAUAUUUGAUAACUGCAUCAUUUUGAUAAAUUUGAGACUAAACACACCUUCUGAAAUUUCCAGGUUAUCUUAUAAAUUGGAUCGCCAGUGCUGGUGCUUGUAUAUAUAUUACAUACAUCUUGAUUUUAGCAGACUCUGUACCAGACUUCUUCACUGUACACAUUGGUUAACUAUCAUUCAAGGCAGAGAAAAAUACCGAAGUUGAACUUUAAAAAGGACAUAAAAGUGCACUGCUUAAGUUUUGGAUUCAUGAAAAGAUAAAUUUGUGGACACAUUUGUGUUUACCAGAAAUUUGUUUGAACUACAUUCAUACAAAUAGCUAAUCCAAGUGAAUUUUGUUCAAUAGAUUUGAAAACUUAUAUAGGUGAUUUAACACUUACUGGAGUAGUUUUAAAGAAGUGUAUAUGGGCAUUCAAUUCAAUAAGGAAAACGCUUAGGAUAUGUUAUACCUUUAUUAAGUUCAGACUGUGGAGUCUAUAGUCAUUAAUCUUGUGAGUGACAGAUUCACAUAUUAAUCAAAGAAAGAGGUCAACAUCACAGAAAAAGGUCACCAGACAGCAGCGGGCAGAAAACACCUGAGGCUUCACCCCACUAACAUCAGAACUCUGCUGUGACACCAACUGAAAAUGGAGCUUACAAGAGGACUUGUUUGCAUUUGGACUUAUUUUUCCACAUUUAAUUUAGUGCUUCAGAUGGCAUAUAGUCAGCAGUUUGACCAUCCAGUAACCCCGGUGAUAGAAGAUUCAGCAGAACAUUCGCUAAGUGUGAUUCCUGGAUCAACCGCGAUAUUGCCUUGUCGAGUUCGAAAUACUGGCGACAUCAUAGUAGCAUGGUUUGACGGUCAAUGGGAGCAAGUUACCACUGGUACCACGAUAAAAUCAUCAAACCCUCGACUGAGCAUUCAGAACCGUGAUCCAGAUGAGUGGAACUUGGUCAUUAAAGAUGUCACAGCUGAAGAUGCACAGAUAUAUGUGUGUCAAGUUCAGUUUAUGCCCCCUUCAAUGAAAACGGUCACCUUAACUGUACAUGACACCCCAAAAGUGAACAAGACAAGUAUCAACCAUCGCUACUCAUUUAAAACUGGUUCCCGUGUCACUAUAGAGUGUCAUGUGUCUGGCUCCCCUCCGCCAACAGUCACAUGGUAUUUUUAUGAGACCAACUCUACCUCUAUAGAAGAAAAAAAAAUUAAGGUAUCAUCAUCAAAACUAUUGGACAUACGGACUGCAGAUAAAAGCAAAGAUGGUAUCUACAGAUGUGAGGCCACCAACGAUCAUGGCCAAGACAAGUAUGAAAUCUAUCUGGAAAUAACAUAUCCCCCCGUCCCAACCAUAACAACAAAACAGGUCAGCGUUAAAGAAAACUCGCAGAUCAGACUGGUGUGUAAGGCAGAAAGCAAGCCGGCACCCAACUUUGCCUGGUUUCACAGUGGCCAGAACAUCACAACCAGCAAGCGCCACCAUGUGUCACAUGACACGGAGGACAUGGAAUUCCAAGUAGUCUCUGAACUCACCAUACGUCAGGUGGAGGUUGGCGACAGCGGCAAAUACACGUGCUCCGCAUCCAACAUACAUGGCAGGGAAGAUGCAGAAACAUUACUGCAAGUUAUCCCACAGCCUGGCAGUAGCACAGCAAGCAUACAACCUAAGCCGCCAACACCAGACAAAACUGUGAGCACUCAAAAUGUCAACACGAUAGUGGACACCGAGACCCCAAGGACAGAUGAAGUAGUUUCCAGCAGUGCUUCGUGCCUCCUGACCACUGUGUUGAUGUAUCUACAUUGUUCCGUGUACACUAUCUUCUACAUGUUAUAGCAUCCACUUAGAGAAGAACUUAGUUAAACAUGUAAUAUGCCUUUCAAAGAAAAAGUAACUAGUUCCGGUUCAAGCUACUUACUAAUAUCUUGGAUAUGCUUGAUAUUACAACAUGCAGAGAUGGAAAUGAACAAUCAAUAGGAUAUACUAUAUGGUCUCUGCCAGACAUUUUUUUAUUGCCAGUUAAUAUUGAUAUUCUAACAAGUUGUGACACAUAAAAAAAUGCAUGAGGCCUUUCAUGCUAGUGUUCUUUAUAUAUAUAUCCAGUCAUAACAGAUCUUACCGCAGAAUGGGUAUUACCAGAUCCAUAAUGAUCAGUGCAAAAUAUUUGAGCCGUCAACUGGGCAAUCAGUUUUAAUGCAUGAGCAUAAAAUAUCAUCCUAGAUUAAUUUUUGCAGUCUGCACAGGCUCUGGGACUACACUUUCCGUUUUAUGUUAUUUUUUAUCUAUAAAAGCCUAUUCUAAACAUAAAAUCAGUCUAUGCGGAAAGUUAAAUUGCAGAUCAGCCUGCACAGACUCAAAUCUGGACACAACAUUUCGAAAAUUGAAGGUUUUGUGUUUAUCGAAAUACUUUGUGUCCAUUCAACAUUUGUUCAACAAUAUAAGCCCAAAUCCAGAAUUUCAAAGUUAACUUGCAUGUUCUAUUAUUUAAAAAAUCUGUUGUGUCUUGUAUAUAAUCAUGUCAUUAAAAAAUAUGAAUGUCCCGAAUUGUAAAAGAAUAAUUUCAACUUAUGAAAGCGACAUAGCAGCAGGAAUGAACAUUUAUUGUAUAUCUGUAUACUAGAAGACACCUUGAUUGCUCUUGUCUGUAAUUUGCUUCUGUGUCAACAACUUACAACAUAUAGGAAUUUAAAACACUGUAGGUUAAUCAAGAUUUUGCCUUUAAAUUAAUAAAAUUUCAUUUACAGAUGCCAGUAAGCAUUGUAACAUUCUUACUCACAGUUGAACAUCUUUACAUCAAAAUUGUUUACUUCACAACAGAGGAUAGAUACUUAAGUCAACAAUAAAUACUAUAUAUGUUAUGUUAAAUAUUAAUAGUUAUCUCAAAAUUUAAGCUUGCUUUUUCUGUUUAUGUUAAAAAACAAUUACUGUCACACAUAAUAUUGUAAACUAUGACAUUUUCUUGAAAUACUAAUGCUUGUGGCAUGUCAUGUCAAGAAGAAAAAUUAUUAUCCAAGUGUAGGACAAGUUUUGAAAAUAUUAAUGUUAACAUUCUAGAGAAUAGAGUUGUAGAACAGAUUUUAUAAAUGAAUUUUCAAUUCAUCUCUUGUUCAUUCAACCUGUGUUUUUGCUUAAAAUGUGUUUGUUCAUAUCCAUUUCAGUAUUUAUUUGAACUGUUUAUGUGUAUUUUUUUGAACAGCAACUGUUUAUGUUUAUACACUUUUUGUACAUAUUGUAAGUACUGUCAUACAAAGGUAAUGAUACUAUGUUGUCAGCUUCAAUUAUCAUAUUAUUAUCUGCAUUAUUCAAUACUGUGAAUUGAGAAUGUCCCACUUUCCUAACACAAAUCAUUCGAACUGGUAUUUAUUAAGCAACUGGUAUACCAUACUAUCUAAAACCAAAAUUCAGAUGGCAUUUUCUUCUAAAAGACUGAGACACAUCUUGUAGAACUGAAUCCAAUAUGAACUAUCAUUUCUGUAGUUUAAACAGUGAAUCUCAAUAACAUUAUUGGUUUGAGAUAAUUUGUUCAACCACUUAAGAGCAAUACAUGCAAUACAGAGUUUGGAUAUUGAUACAAUAAUGGCUACAGAUUUAACCAUAAAAUCUCUCAUACUGGUACAAACAUGGAAGAAAACCAUUACAUGUACCUGUAAUGAACUAUAAUGUUAUGUGAAAUGAUAUUCUAAGACACUUUUUAAAGAAAUCAAACCAGUUAUAUGCUGGCCAAUUCACUUCAGGAAAUGACAAACAUUUUUUUUAAGGAUUUCAGGACAUUUCUUACUUCAUAAUGUCCAUUGUUUUGAUGAUAUGUUAACUAAGCAUGUAUUUUAAUUUUAAGCUCAUCUUAUUCAUCUAUAUUUUACUUGUACUUUACAAACAAGAGCCUACUUUAUUCACUGAACGCCAAAUCAUCUUUAUUACAAUAAGAUAUUAACAUUGUACAUAUAACUAUUUUAAAGUAAAAGCUAAGUACCUGAAUACUCAGAAAAAGAGCAGGAGCUGUGCAGCUAUAAUUAGCCUUGAUCUGGGAAAACAGGGCUUAAUGCAUGUGCAUAGUAUUGUUACAGAUUACAGAUUAGCCUGUGAAAUCUGCUACGGCUCAUCAGGGACAACACUUUCCGCAUUUAUUGGUUUAUUUCGUUAAAAGGAAGUCUCUUCGUAAAGAGAAUCCAGUUUUUAGGCCGAAAGUGUCGUCCCUGAUUAGCUUGUGCAAAAAGCACAUGUUUUUUCUGGGACGACACUUAAUGCUUAUGCAUAAAACCCCCUUUUCCAGAGCCCGGCUCAAUUAUGUUUUUAUUAGUUUAUAUAUAUUUGUAGUUGGAUAUUCUCAUUUUGUAUAUUUAGGUUUUGAUAUUGUUGAUGUUAUUGUUGUUAUUGUACAAAAUCAAUCAUUAUUUUAUCAAUUGAUUCAUGAUCAUUAAUAAAAUUGAACGUUA